GACCAAAAAGCACAUUUCUGUUUUAAUUUUUACUAUAGCCAAUUAUGACUGUGUGGCUGUGGUAACUUGACAGUAUGAACUCGCCGAUUAUAUCCGUGAAACUGAAACAUUCAAAAUGAAUUGUCUUCCAUUGAAUGCGCUAUUUAAACAUAAAUUAAUGUUGCUGGUUGUGGCUGCAAAUGUUGCCAGUCGGAAAAACGCCUACCUCAAGACACGGGACUGUUCAAGUUUCACUCAACGUUGAAUAACAAUAAUAUUGUGUCAACAUUUCAACGCUAUGGACUGGAGCGGCCUGAAAAAGAACACAAGAAUAUGGUGUCAUUGAAAUCAUAACCUCAGAAUAAAGACAGAGCAGAUGGCUGACGUGGAGAGGAUCAACAAGGAGACAGGAGAGCUGAGCGCCUCAGGGGAGCUAGCUGCCCCCCUGGAUCUGAAGGAGGGAGGGGGGGGGUUGAGAGGUGGAGGACCCCAGACCCAUCCCCUACUGGUCCUCCGAGAGAUGCUCCAACAGAUGGAGACACACACACACAAGGAUAGUAUGAACACCUCUGGCCAGAAACACACACACCUCUCCCCUGACCACACACAUACCAAAAAGGAAACCAUGGACCAGAGCGAGAUAGACACACCCCUCCCCCUCGACCAAAAAGAGGAACACUUGCGCCAAGUCCUGCCUCUCUACAUACAGGUAUGUGAAAGUGGUGGUGGGACAGAGGAGCUGGAUCUGAGGAGUCUAGCUGCUCUGACUGCAGACACUGUGGUCUCCAACAUCCAUGCCAUACUGGCAGAAAAACCUGCAGAGGAGGCUCGCUACGAGGUGCAGCAGUUCUUCCAGAGAAGAGACGAGACGGACAACACAGACGAUAUAGACAACAGUGAGAUAGACAGCAGGGAGACAGACAGGACAGAGGAGACAGACAGGGGAGAGUCACACAGCCAGACAACACAGACAGACAAUGCAGGAUGGCUUCUGUUGAAGACUCUGUCUUUCCUGACUGCUACAAACUCUACUGAAUUGAUGUCUGUAGUAAAGCCAGGUCUGCCGGCGGCCCUGGUGAAGUGUCUCUACCUGCUAGUGUGUCUACCGUCCCGGAAGGAGAGAGCAGCAGUAGAGGAGACCUUUCAAGAACUGCUCAUACAGGUCCUGUUACAGCUGUGCUGUCACACUUCCAGUGUGGAGGAGAUGGUGGAGACUGAGGAGUUGCAGUGUCUGAUCAUCUCGCUCACAUCACUACACGACCAGACUAGUGCCCCCUGGAGGCACCAGGCAUCACGUGUUCUCAGAGCUGUCUCUGCUGCUAAGACACCCAAUACCGUCCCCUUCCUACAGGCUAAGAACUGUGUGCGUAUCUGUAUUCAGAACCUGCAGCGUAUCAGUGAUUGUGCCCCAGCUCCAGUCUUAGCUGAGGUGGCUGUCACAGUGUUCAGCUUCAUCAGAGACUCCUACCAGCUCAACCCUGCUCUGUUCACCGAGCUUGAAAAUAACGAUGGAUACACUGUCUUACAGGCCAUCAUGACCCGGUGUGAGGAGGGUGUGCCUGCGGAGGAGUUUGGUCCAGUAGAGGACCUGUUAUCUCUGCUAGCGUCUUUGUGUCUGUUUGGGAGGUCAGAGCUGAAGGUGGCGCUCUGUGUCACCAACCCUCAGCCACCUGGCUUCAAGUUUGACCCCUCACUCACCACAGGCUCUGCGGUAAGGAACCUAUCAGCGUUCCGUUUGCUCCAGGGUUCCUUCCAGCGGUCAGAGGACUGUGUUUUCUGCAGCCAGAUCCUAAGCACCAUCAGGACUGUGUGGUCAUGGAACAGGGCCAACUUCUUCCUGUUAGAGUGGACUGUUCAAUCACUGGCUCAGCUAGCUCAGUGUGUUUCGAAGAAACCACCUCCUGUACACAGACUGUUCUUCUCUAUGUUAGAGAUGGUGGCAUUCCAUCUUAAUUACAUCCCCCACGAGGCUGUGCGUGCGGUGCAGGCGGUGCUGAAGCAGGGCUGGGCAGGGGCCGUGGCCGGAGGGGCACAGUUUGGAGUGGCUGCCCUCGGCUGCUUCCACAGGUUGACAGUGCGUAGUGGUCUGCUAGCGGAGGUUCUCAGUGAUGGAGGUCUGUUGGAACUUCUGCUUGGAGAACUACGCAGGAGGGCCAAGAUACUCAGGAAGGCUAGAGGAGCAGGUCCCCAAGAUCAGUCAGCUGUAGAGGACAAUGAGAGAGCUCUCACCACCAGCAUGCUCACAGUAGUGGCUGCCCUCACCCUACGCUCCAUCAGAAACACAGUGUCAGUCCGUGACCUUGGGAUGGUUCCCUACAUAAAGAUAUUUCUAGAUGAGGAGCAGUACAGAGGACCAACCCUCAGCAUCCUGGAGCAGCUGUCAGAGAUAAACCCUGACGAGUUUAUGUCUACGGCUAUAGGAGCUCUCUGUUCCUCUACACAACAGGAGCUGGGGCUCAAACAAGACCUGCUGCAGUCAGUUUUGAAGGUUCUGGAGAGACCUAACAGUUGGGGGGCGUUUCGACGUGCGCGGGGCUUCACCGGCCUGCUGUCCCUGGUGGUGGACAUGGAGGGGGCUCUGAGUGACUCCACUCAGGGUGGGGUGUGGGGUGCUAAGGAGCAGCAGGGGAUACUAGACCUCCUCUUCCUCACCCUACACACCCUCGCUCUAGCUGUCCAUGUACACCCUGUCAACUCACACCAGUUCCAGGCUGAAGGGUUCUACGAGAGGCUGGCUGAAGCCUUACUACGGCUGGGUUGUUUCCAGACUGAGGGCUGGGAGGCGACAGAGAGGAUGGAGGGCCACGCUGGGGGUAUGAUGAGUAGGGGCCUGGGCCAGAGAUGGGGUCAGAGAGAAACAGAGGACAAUCAUUCUCUUGGGAGGAGCUUCCACCAGUUUCUGGAGCUUUCUGAGACCCCAGUGCUCACCUCCCUCUCUUCCACCUCCAAGCCACCCCUGCCUCCCCCUUUACAGACCUGUAUCAGGCUCCUCUCCUACCUGGACCAAUUAGCUACAGGGACCUACGCUGCCCUUAAGAUGACAGCAGGACAUGUGGGAGAGAAGAGAGAGGAGGGGGGAGAUGGAGAGACCCAGGGGGGAGGAGAGAGGCUGCAGACUGUGCCACCAACCCAACAGACUUUACAGACACCAGAGGAUGAACUACCGGGGGGAUCCAGACCUGCAGGCCACAGCGUCGCUGUUGUCUGCUCUGAGACUAACUACAGGUUUACCUGUGACCAGACCAUACUGUAUCCUGGAGCCCUCAGGGUCAUCAUGACUCUCCUGCCUCAUGUCUUUACUGCAGAGGAUCCACAGCUGUCAGUGGAGGUCCAGUACUCAGUAGCCCACCACCUCCAGGUGAUGGUAACAUCAGAGAAGAACCGUCAGAUUGUCUGCAAGGGGGGUUUGGUGUCCACUCUACUAACCCACUGUCGAAGCAUCCUGCUCAGGCCGGACCACCCACUAUACCUGCCUGACACACGCAUCCUGGAGAAAAUCUCCUCACACUCCAUCUCCCACAUAGACCUCAGGCGUUUCCUGUGUCUUUGUGAUCCUCUGAUGUGCCAAGCUAACAAAAUUGCUGCCACCUCUGCUCCAGAAUCCAACACACAAUGCCCCUUUUCUCCCUCCAAUGGCCACAGCCCAGAGAAGGCAGACAGCUUAACAGAUAGUGAGACCACCACUCGCUCCAUCAUGAAGCGCUCUUUUAGCCUGCUGAGCUCCUCUCCUCCUAUUGGCUCUCCUGUCGGCCAGCCCCUCCCCCUGCACCAAAUCAUUAGCCUAGUCUCUAUGACGUCACCAAGGAGCUUCCGACCACACCGAGUCUCCACCUCUCCGGCCUUUGUGGAGUUUGAUAUGACUGAGAGUGGCUAUGGAUGUCUAUUUCUACCAUCCCUGGCUACAGUGAAAGGUGUCAAUGCUGACUCCAUCCCAACAGGGGGAAUAGGAGGAGACUGUCGUGGUUUCCCUCCGGCAGCAGGCCUGUCAUAUUCCUGCUGGUUCCUGAUCAGCAGGUUCAGUUCAGCCCGUGAUUCCCACCCGAUCUGGCUGCUGUCUGUGGUGCGCCAUAUGUCCCGUGCCGAACAGCAGUACGUCUGUCUGUCUGUCUCCAUCUCAGCCAGCGAUGGAUGUUUGGUCAUCUCAACUGAGGAGGAGCCUUUCACCUUCCUGGAUAUGAUGGAGCCAGAGGUGCGGACCCCCAGCUCACUGCCAGGUUCUCUGAGGUUCAAAUGCUCCAGUCAGCUGACCCCAGGUCAGUGGCACCAUCUGGCCAUUGUCAUGGCAAAGGACGUGAAGAAGAGCUGUAAGGUCACGGCCCACCUCAAUGGGAAACUGGUGGGAGCAGCAAAGAUGCUGUACAUCCAACCGUUCCCGGGUCAGUACAUUUCCAUGGAACCCACGGCGGUGAUUGACGUGUGUGCCUUCAUUGGAACGCCGUCUAUAUGGAAACAGCACGCUUCGUUGGUGUGGCGCGUCGGGCCCACCUACCUGUUUGAGGAAGUGCUGAGUCCAGGGGCUGUAGGAGUCAUCUACAACCAGGGAACAGCCUACUUGGGAAAUUACCUGGCUCUACGCAACACAGGCUCUGGCCCAGACCCCCUCCCUUUCAGGCUGGUCCCUGAGGAGAGGAUUUCAUUUGGCAUCAACCCGGCUGUAGCAACUUUAACCACGGUAGCAGAGAUACGAGAAAGCUACAACGAGGUGGACUGCCGUCUCAUCGCCAAAGAGAUGGGAAUCACUUCCAGGGAUGACUCCACCCCUGUGUUCCUGUCUCAAAACAUCAGCCACCACCUGACUGGCACUGCACGCACCAUAGGAGCUGCACUGGUUGGACACUUUGGAGUGCGGACGUUCGCUCCCAGCAGCGCAGGGGAUAGCUUUCUGUACCUUGGAGGGCCGGCGGUGAUCCUAAGCAUGGUUGCUAUGGCGGCAGACGAUGGAGCGCUGUAUGCAGCAGUGAAAGUUCUGCUGUCUGUGUUGGAGACAAGCCCUGCCAUGGAGCGGGAGAUGACACGCAUCAACGGCUACAAGCUCCUAGCAUUCCUGCUGAAGAUUAAGAGCACUGUGUUGAGCAGUAGAACCUUUCAGCUGGUGCUGUCUCUGUCUGGUUCAGUGGACCACCUGGGAUCUGGAGCCGCUUGUCUACACAACAGACCCGCCUUCAAUGCUCUGCUCUGUGACCUGGAGGUGUGGAAGAACACUGCGGAAAGUCUGGACCUGUCAGUUCUCAAUCACUUUGCUGAAAUCCUGACAUCAUCAAGUGGUGACCAUGGUAAUGCAAAGGUCAUGCAUAACCUGGGUCUGGUGCCCAAACUGCUCUUCCUAUUGGCUGACCCCAUGGUGACCCCCAGGAAAGUAAAGGUUGCCACCUGUAUCAUCACUUGCCUGCUUAGAGAACACUUCACCUCCACCGACAUACGCAGACUUGGCCUCUUCCUGGUGUACACAGUGCCUCCCCCAAGUGUGAGUGAAAGCUCUGGACUCUCUGACACUCUUGAUGAGGAAACCAAAGCUCAAAGUUUCAGUCCAGCCAGACUAGUGUGGGUCCGUAAUCAACUGCUGUCUUCUCUCUGUGACCUCAUCAGCUCAGACAGUCUUCUCACUGCAGAUGAGCGGAAAGAGCUGAUCCAGACACUGGGCAGUGAUUGGUUCCUGCUGUUCCUGCAGCCCCGCCUCCACUCUUCCACCCUGUGCCUAGGGCUCCGCCUACUCACACUUCUCCUGGCCAAUCAGAGCGAGCGGAACAGCUUCAGAGAGGGCGUGUUCCCAGGCACCCUAGUAGAGAGCCUGGAUGAACCCUCUGUUGUCAUAGACAACCUGAGAGCUUAUGAGUGGUCCUAUGAGUGUCAGAGUGUCACUUGCGCAGGCUUCGACGUGCUGCAAAGGCUUCUGGUCCGCCAGGCUCACCUGCCUCAGGUGUACGGAGCGCUGGCCGCUCUACUGCUGGGGAAGAGAGGAGGAGAAACGCCUGACGGACAGCUGGAUCUGGAUGAAGUUCUGCAGGCAGUGAUUGACAGCACAGAGUACACAAACUCUGCUCCCUUACAGCUGUGUUCCAAGUCUGCAGCCAUGCUACUGGAGCUGGUCAAGGCCAUCAUCACACAGCGGUCAUCUGCCGCUGAUGCAUCUUGGGAGUUGCAGUUUCCCGGCAGUGUGAUGCAGUUCCUCUGUCUGGUACACAAUCACCGCCCCCGAGACCCACUAUGGACGUCUCCAGAGUUUCUACACACGCUCGCCAGCACUGUGUUUCCCCCUGAGAGUGAAGAGGUGUGUCAGCCAACCAGGAAGCAGGUGUGUGACUUCAUCCGUAUCCUCUUAAUGGACAGCCUGCUCAACGUGCCUGCCAAAGAACACACACACCCCCUACUGCUGCUACUGGAGUAUUCCCCAGAAGGAGCAUCGUUGGAGCGGAGACAGGUCUUCCAAACUGAAUUGCUUGAGUUCUUCAUGGAGAUCAUCCACAUGACCAGCCAGGAGAAUGGACAUAACACACACCUCACCACAAAGGAGUCAAACUCCCAGAGUCCUGAGGGGCAGAUGGCCACACUGAUGGAGAACAUGGUGCUUUUCAGUCAGAAGUUUCUGGAGAAACUCUACAGCGGCAUGUUUCUGGUUGAGCCAGAGAACCUGCUCACCUUCCUAGCAGACCAGAUAGUGGUGGUGAUGGAGAAGGGCCUAUCACAGAAAGAGAACACAGUUUCCUCCCUCUACACCAACACCAACCGAGCCCUGCUCUACUUCCUUUCCCGCCCACAACACACACAGGCCGAACAGGAUGCUGUCAUCAGGACGCUGCAGGUGGUCAUGGCGCGCUGGGACGUAGUCAUGGCAACCUACAAUGCCAAUGUGAACUUUAUUACCUGCCUGCUGCACUGUCUACUGUUGAUACGAUCUGGCAGCUACCCAGAAGGCUUUGGGUUUGAAAGUCACAAGAAACACCAGCGGAGAAUCCUGUCUCAUCUGUUCCCUCUCAAGACCAGCCACACUACCACACUCAGCCAAGUACCUGAUUCAGACACAGAGCUGAUGUCCCAAGUAGAGUCUGUGUGGUCUAAGAUCCUUACUGAGAGACGCACCAUUCUAGAAGACACCUACAAGAUUGAGCUCUCAGCUAAUCAGACGCAGAGGAUGGGACCUGUCAGCAUGAGUGACAUCAGCCCGCUGUGGGAGGAGACAGCACUCAAGGUGUGGCAGUUAUACACAGGCAAUGUGAAGAGGAAGCUGACUAGCACCACCCAGAGGAAAGAUAGUGUAAUCAGCUCUGCUUUUCGCUCUGUCCACAAACGACUGGGGAGAGAAACUGGCACUGUGGAGGAGUUCCUGUCUUGUAUGGAGGCCCAUUUGAAGAGAGGUCAGGAGAUGUUUGAGAAGCUGAGGAAGAACCACACACAGCUGAGUGUUUAUGAGUGGGAGCGGUUGGGGACUAUGUGGCUGUGUGUGGAGGAGGAGCUGCUAAGGGAGAGGGGUGUGUUCGGCCCGGGGCCGGGGGUGGUGCUGACACGAGGCUGGGUCCAGGAUGCAGCUGAAGGCCCCAACCGCACCAGGCCUCGCAUCCGCAGGAGAGCGCAGCGACACUCCAAACGGUUGGCAGAUAUGUGUGUGAGAAAUGGUCUGCCAGAGGAGAGCAAAGGAAGGACAGAGACUGACUCAGAGUCAAGGAUCCUGUUUGAGCCAGGGACAGAGGAAGAGGAGGAUGGUGGAGAGGACUGUAACCGCCUAACCUUUUUCCCUGUCCUGACUGAGACUACUGCACCUCUCACUGAGCUCUUCACCCCAGCGUCCACCACCCCUGAGCCCUGCUCACAUACACACACCUGCAGCCACACACACACCAUACUACAGGAGCUGGAGCCUGAUGAAGAGGUUAAAGCGAAGGUGUGUGUGGUGGUGGUCAGUGGGCUGUCUGUAACAGAGGGGCUGCUGUUGUUUGGGACAGACAGUCUGUACAUGUGUGAGGGCUUCACCCUAAGCCCCGCAGGAGACGUCUGCUGCAGAAAACACCACCCCACUGGUGUGCGUGACGCGUUCGUUUCCAGUAUGUUGACUAAAGACAUAUCUUCAUCCAGCCCCAGCUGCAAACGAUGGCCCUACCAGGACAUAAGAGAUGUCCGCUUUAUGCGUUUCCUUCUAGAGGAAAAUGCGCUGGAGAUCUUUAUGCAGAACGGAUACUCUACUUUCCUGGUUUUCUUCAACAAAGACCAUGUGUCUGCUUUUAAAAGGCUGUGUUCAGUGGUGCCAGCAUUGAUAGGUAGAGGGGUUGCUGAGGUCAUAACUAAUGCCAGGAAGACUCCAGUGAUGGAGAAGACUACUCAGGUGAAAUGGCAGCGUGGGGACAUUAGUAAUUUUGAGUACCUGAUGCAUUUGAACACUCUGGCUGGUAGAACCUAUAGUGACCUCAUGCAGUACCCCGUCUUCCCCUGGGUCCUAGCUGACUACAAGUCGGAGACCCUGGAUCUGACCAAACCGGCGACAUUUCGUGACCUCUCGAAACCAAUGGGAGCCCAGACAGAGAAGAGGAGAGACAUGUUUAUUCAGAGAUUUAAUGAAGUGGAAAAUGGUGAAGGUGACCUGGCAGUGAGGUGUCACUACUGUACCCACUAUUCUUCGGCCAUCAUCGUGUCUUCCUUCCUCGUUCGGAUGGAACCCUUCUCACACACCUUUCUGACCCUACAGGGAGGGUAUGACAUAGCAGAGAGGAUGUUCCAUAGUGUGAAGAAGGACUGGGACUCCGCCUCCAGAGACAACAUGAGCGAUGUCAGAGAGCUGAUUCCAGAGUUCUACUACCUACCUGACUUCCUGGUUAACACAAACCACUUCAAACUAGGCUGUAUGCAGGACGGUACCACUCUAGGGGACGUUGUCCUCCCUCCCUGGGCUAAGGGAGACCCCCGGGAGUUCAUCAGAGUUCACCGGGAGGCUCUGGAGAGUGAGUAUGUUAGCUCCCACCUCCACCUGUGGAUCGACCUGAUCUUUGGGCACUGCCAGCAGGGACCAGCCGCUGUAGAGUCCCUCAACACAUUCCACCCCUACUUCUACGCCCAGAGAGGGAAAGGGACAAGGGGGCAGGAUGCACUCAGAGACCCCCUUAUCAAGAGUACCAUCCAGGGAUAUGUCAAUAACUUUGGACAGGUUCCCAAACAGCUGUUCAACAAGCCCCACCCUCCUCGUGCCGGCUCAAAAAAGGAGGGAUCAGCACCCGCCCAGCCAACCCCCUUUUUCUUCAGACUGGACAAGCUCAAACCCUCCAUUCAACCAUUCAAAGAGCUCCUUCGUGGUCCAGUAGGCCAGGUGGUUUGUUUGGACAAAGAGGUUUUGGUCGUAGAGAAGAACAGACUACUGAUCCCUCCUCUGUGGAAUGUCUACUUCUCCUGGGGCUUCCCUGAUAACUCCUGCUCCUUCGGACACUACACCACUGAGAAAACCUUUGCUGUAUGUGAGAGUAUGUGUGACUGGGGGAAGAUGCUGUGUGCAGCGUGUCCCAACCAAGCUACCAUAGUCACUGCUGGGAUCAGCUCAGUGGUGUGUGUGUGGGAUGUUUCCAUCAGCAAGGACAAACUCACUCACAUGAAACUCAGACAGGCGCUGUAUGGUCAUACCGAUGCAGUAACGUGUCUGGCGGUGUCUGAGGUUCAUGGAGUGAUAGCCAGCGGUUCGCGUGACCUGACCUGUAUACUGUGGGACCUUGAGGAACUCAACUACAUCACUCAGCUACCUGGACACAAGGCUAGCAUCACAGCACUUGCUAUCAAUGACCUCACGGGUGAGAUAGCAUCGUGUGCAGGGCCGGUCCUGUACCUGUGGAGUAUGAAGGGUCAGUUACUCACCUGGCUCGACACAUCCUGUGGCUCUGAUGUCACUUCCUGCAGCUCAGAUGGGGACAUCCUGUCUGUCUGCUUCACUCAGAGACACGAGUGGGAUCCACAAAACGUUAUAGUCACUGGCUGUGCUGACGGGAUAGUGAGGAUCUGGAGGACGGAGUACACUAGAACAUCACCUGAUCCUCCACAGCAGCCCACAUCCCCAGGACAGGAUCAGUCUGCAAUGACCACAGACGGAAUGUCGGGUCCGAGUCAGAGCUGGGAGAGACACCUGGUGUUGUGUCGGCCACUAAACAGGAGUGAAGCAGUGUCCAGACGGCGCUACAAAAACAACCCUGCAGUCACUGCUCUAGCCAUGUCCAGGACGCAUGCUACUCUGCUGGUUGGAGAUGGCUGGGGUAGAGUCUUCACCUGGACCUGUGAGUGAUGGGGAAGGAGCAGUUGGGUGUGUCUGUUUGUGUGUGGGUGCCUGCGUGCAUGUAUGGGUGUGGUGUGUGUGCAUGUGCGUGCAUGGGUGGGUGCGUGAGUUCCAUACAACCAACAAUACACCAAAACCCAGCCUGCACUUCAGGAAGCUCUUAUUCCACUGCACAUGUGCACUCUCACCAGCCCCUGCCUCACCUCCAGACCGACCACCACACUCCAAUCGUAGAGAGAUGUUCUCUCUCUCAAAGUCUCCAGGCACAGGGAGGAAAUGGAGAGAGGGAGGAUCAGGACUUUAUUUUUGAGUGUUUACAAACUAUUUACACUGGACCUUAUUACAAGAUUAACACAUGACAUGGAAGGAACAGAUCAAUGAAUCAUGUGGUUUCAACCUAUAUACAGAUCAUACAUUUCAAUGUACUUUAUAGUAGUAACUUUUAGGUAUUUUGUUGAUGAAGCUCGGUUAUUUAAUUGUGAAUGUAUCUGUUUACAGUGCAUUCGGGAAUUAUUCCGACCCCUUCACUUAUUCUACAAUGGAUUUUUUUUUUAAGUAUCAAGAAUCUGCACACAAUACCCAAUAAGGACAAAGCGAAAGCAGGUUUUUAGAUAUUAGUGCAAAUAUAUGAUUUAUCUAUUUACAUAAGCAUUCAGACCCUUUGCUAUGACACUCAAAAUUGAGCUCAGUUUCAUCCUGUUACCAUUGAUCAUCCUUGAGAUGUUUCUACAACUUGAUUGGGUCCACCUGUGGUAAUUCAAU